AAUAUCACUUAAUGACAACAAUGAUAUCAAAUGUGAACGGGAAAACUUGUAGGAUAGAGGACAAAGAAGUCGAAAAUAUUUUCAAAAGAAGAGUGGCAAAGUACGCCUUUAUAGCCUUUAGUGUGGUAAUAAAGUACAUUACCACACUAGGAUGGUAAAGUAUUUCAUUAUGAAACUGAUCAUUAUGGCAUUAUGUUUGACUUUACCUAACCAAAGUGGAUUUACAAAAAAUUGAAAGCUCACUUCAAAUGUAAUUAAAGUAUGCUUCUGUGAAAUUAUUCUUGCUUUUAUGUAUUAUGUUCUGUAACAUUUACUUUUAUUCAUGUUCAUUUCAUUUCUAAAAGAAAGAAAUAACUAUUUUUUCUGACAACGGAAAUAAAUGCAUAUAAGAACGAGAGGUGAUUCGUUUGAAUUAGAAUUUUUCAAGUUAUAACGGAGUUUUCAGUACGGCAGAAAUUACAAUAUUUUAAUGUCACGAAGGAUCAUGGUGGAAAUAACAUUUCUACCGUGGGUGGUAAAAUGCAGGACUGAGCAUUGCAGGACUGAGACUUGCACUUCUCACGCAUAGGCGACGGUGCUGCCCUGUGACUACCCUUCGAAGCUUUUACAGUCAAAUGUUCCGUACAUCUCCAUAGAGUGUCCAUCAAACUCAACAAAACGCGGGGUUUUGGAGCACUUGAGGCAGACGUGUGUUGUAUUGGUUAGCAUUGUAUUGAGGGUCUGUAGAUAAAAAAAUGACAGCGCAUUCCGUUUCCAGCGGUUUCGAACGUCCUGGAAAUGACAUCAAUCAGACUUGUUUUCUGACGGAUGAUGAAUUUAUGAGUCAUAUAGAACAUUUGCAGAAGGAAAAAGAUGCCUGGAGAGCAUUAUACGAUGAGAAGAAACAGAUGACAAGCAAGGUGUUGGCAGGAGAAAAUUCAUCCUCUGAAGACAACGUUGUGCCAUUAAUGACAGAUAACGAUCUUAAAUUUAUGUCAGAAGUGCCUGAUUAUCAGAAAGUUGCAGAACUGUAUGAUGCGUUGUUCAAGACUGUAAUAAUAGUUCGCUCACAACAUGAUAAAACAAAAAGGAUUUUUAACAAUGCCUUGCAGAGGAUUAUAUCAAUGUCAAGUGUGCCAAAUAUCCACAAAACUAUUUAGUAAGAAACAAAUCAGUCUGUUAUCAAUAAAAAAUAUUACUAUCAUGGAGGAAAAUGAAUCGAAAAUACUGAUUUUUUCUUGUUUUUGUAAUUUCUUAGUCCUAAGAAAUUCCUCUUAACAAUUAAAUUUUUUAAAUUGUUAUCACAAUGCAAUCUCAUAUAAGAGAUUAAGGAACUAAAAAUGAGUGCAAAUGUUCACUGAGAAAUGAGCUUUAAAAUUCUUGUGAAUAUUAAAAAUAAUUCAUAUGCAUCAAAUUAUUACAUAUUAUAGAUAUAGAUAUCUGUGAACAUUUGCACUCAUCUUCAUCUUGUCAAGCUUGUUCCCACCAGUGAUUCAUUUAAUAGCAGCACAUACGUCAGGCGCAUGAGUUCUCACGUUG